GAGAGGAGAGGAGGGCGAGCAGAGGGAGAGACACACACGCAGAGACACACGGCCACUGGAAUUCCAUUAGCAAAAAGUGAGACGAGCAAGGGUUAGCGGGAGAAGAUUUUUUUGAAUCUUUUCUUCGUCUUGGUGCGAAAGAAGCGACUCCGGUCUCUCGUCCUCGAAGCUCCCGCUGGAUUGUUCCUUGGCGCUUAUACCCGUCGGUGGAUUUCUUUCCUAUUUGCGUUUUAUUCUGACCCCCCCUCGCCGCCUCCUUCCAGCCCUCGCUCUCACCGCGCCUCUCCCCCACCUCCCCAGUCCCCUCCCGGGAAGCGCGGGGGAAUUGGACCCGCGGGGACUCGCGCCUUCCCGGGCGAGCGAGGGAGGGCAGACCUGAGGACCCGGCUGCCGGCUUGUCAAGCGGAUACACACACAGCUACGUGUGUGUUGGUUUCAGUGGGCGGGGGGCGUCGAGGGGCAGCCCGCCGCACUCCUUCCCCCACCUCUCCAGCCAGAGGGGAGAAUCGGAGGACUCGGAUCUUCGCCGGGUGGGCUAGCUGGGAUCUCCGCAUUGGAUUUGGGGCUGAUUCUCUCUGCUUGGCUAUUAUUUUUAUUAUUUUUUUUUACCCAAGGGAGAAAGACAAAAAAACUGUGGGAUUUAUUUAACAUGAUCUUGGCCAACGCCUUCUGCCUCCUCUUCUUUUUAGACGAGACCCUCCGCUCUUUGGCCAGCCCUUCCUCCCUGCAGGGCCCCGAGCUCCACGGCUGGCGCCCGCCAGUGGACUGUGUCCGGGCCAAUGAGCUGUGUGCGGCCGAAUCCAACUGCAGCUCCCGCUACCGCACGCUGCGGCAGUGCCUGGCAGGCCGGGACCGCAACACCAUGCUGGCCAACAAGGAAUGCCAGGCGGCCCUGGAGGUCCUGCAGGAGAGCCCGCUGUACGACUGCCGCUGCAAGCGGGGCAUGAAGAAGGAGCUGCAGUGUCUGCAGAUCUACUGGAGCAUCCACCUGGGGCUGACCGAGGGGGAGGAGUUCUACGAAGCCUCGCCCUACGAGCCAGCCACCUCCCGCCUCUCGGACAUCUUCAGGCUUGCGUCCAUCUUCUCAGGGACAGGGGCAGACCCGGCCGUCAGCGCCAGGAGCAACCACUGCCUGGACGCCGCCAAGGCCUGCAACCUGAACGACAACUGCAAGAAGCUGCGCUCCUCCUACAUCUCCAUCUGCAACCGCGAGGUCUCGCCCGCCGAGCCCUGCAACCGCCGCAGGUGCCACAAGGCGCUGCGCCAGUUCUUCGACCGCGUGCCCCGCGAGUACACCUACCGCAUGCUCUUCUGCUCCUGCCAGGACCAGGCAUGCGCCGAGCGCCGCCGGCAGACCAUCCUGCCCAGCUGCUCCUACGAGGACAAGGAGAAGCCCAACUGCCUGGACCUCCGUGGCGUGUGCCGCGCCGACCACCUGUGCCGGUCCCGGCUGGCGGACUUCCAUGCCAAUUGUCGCGCCUCCUACCAGACGCUUACCAGCUGCCCUGCUGACAAUUACCAGGCGUGUCUGGGCUCCUAUGCAGGCAUGAUCGGGUUUGAUAUGACGCCCAACUACGUGGACGCCAGCCCCACGGGCAUCGUGGUGUCCCCUUGGUGCAGCUGUCGUGGGAGCGGGAACAUGGAGGAGGAGUGUGAGAAGUUCCUCAGGGACUUCACCGAGAACCCGUGCCUCCGGAAUGCCAUCCAGGCCUUUGGCAACGGCACAGACGUGAACCUGUCCCCGAAGAACCCCUCAUUCCAAGCCACACAGGCCCCUAGGGUAGAGAAAACACCUUCUUUGCCAGAUGAUCUCAGUGAUAGCACCAGUCUGGGGACCAGCAUCAUCACCACAUGCACAUCUAUCCAGGAGCAGGGGCUAAAGGCCAAUAACUCCAAAGAGUUAAGCAUGUGCUUCACAGAGCUCACGACCAAUAUCAUCCCAGGGAGUAACAAGGUGAUCAAACCUAACUCAGGCCCCUGCAGAGCCAGACCCUCGGCCGCCUUGACCGCUGUCCCUUUCCUGAUGCUGAAGCUGGCCUUGUAGGCGCUGGGAACCGCGUCGGAGAUUGCUGAGAGCUGCACAGACGAGGACCCCCACCUGACAAAAUGGAAACACACACACACACACCUUGCAAAAAAAUUUUUUUUUCCUACCUUGUCUUUGAACCUGUCUCCUCCCAGGUUUCUUCUCUGGACAAGUUUUUCUAAACCAACAGACAAGCAGGUGGGCAGCCUGAGAGCUGGCCUGGAGGUCCCCUGGUAGGGGAACCCAGGCAGAGGAGGGCAUGGGAGUCUAGAAAUGCCCUCACUUCCUCCUGGCAUUUUCCUCUCUGGACCCUGCCGACAAAGGAGACCAAGGUGCCCCCCUGUAGCCCAAGAGACUGUGACUGUGCUGAUACGGGCCGGACCGGGGCAGGAUGGCUACAGCUGUUCUUCUCAAGCUACCCGCUUGGGGGGCCCGCCAGGGGUUGGCAGAGGGUGACGGGCAGCAGAGCAGCGACUGCUCCCCAGGGGUCUGGCUGGGCACCUUCGGUACUUCUGCUUGGCUUUGUGGAUGGAGUUUAUUUUGGCCUCCCUCUCUGCGUGCUGGGUGUGUCUUCGUCUGACCUGGGAACCCCCAGGAUGCCUGUGAGGGGCUCCCCGAGCAUAGCGCCUAGGGGCAGGGCCGCUCUGGGAGGCUUGGGCGCUCUGCCCCUUGGGGACCCCCUGGGAGGAGGGAGCAAACGGGGCAGCACUCAAGCCUGUGUCUUCCGCCUUCAGGGCAGGAAUUUUGAAAUCAGAGCGAAGUGAUCCUUUGUUGGCUCUUUUGGUUUCUCGCGGGUCCAUUUGGCAGGUCUCCCUUCAGGGAGAGUGGCUGCUGAGAGGGGCAGAGAAGACCAGUUGGGGCGUCUACCUACUGCCCCACGCUGUGGUCCCCCUGCUCCUCUCGUCCAGUUUCUCUGUCCUGUUCCCAAGACGUCUGCCAACUGUAUGUACAUAAGAAGGCUCCUUCCUCAACAUAUAUGUAUAUACACAUCCAUAUACAUAUAUCAUGUGGUUUCCCCUUUCUUUCCUUUUUUUAAACAAACUAUCAGAAUAAUACCCCAACAGAUAAGCGAAAAUGUAUUAUUGUAAAGUUUAUUUUUUUUAAUAAUGUUGUCUAUAAUGGGAAGAAAAGGAGAUUGAUUCCCGUGUCCCUGCCUGGGUCGGGCUGACGGGGCUGUGCAGGGGGCUCCCGAUCAGUAUUCACGCUUAGCCAAGGCUCCAAUAAAUGUGCUGGGAAGCUGUUUCCUCUGCCUCA